GUCUGUUAAUUCUGAAUCUUAAAUUAGGGUUUUGCUUUCAAUUCCCAAAUCAUCAUUUUCACCUUCAAUUGGUGUUUGCCUAGCCCUAUGGUCUGGUCGGAUGAUAACAUCCAACAACUGGAAGCAACUAAGCAAAUUCGGAGGCUUCUUUCAACAAAAAAAGCUCUCCGAUUGAGCAAGUUAUUCAAUCUGCUGUUGUUCCUCGUUUUGUUGAGUUUCUAUUUAGGGACGAUUUACCUCAACUUCAGUUUGAAGCUACUUCGGCACUUUCAAACAUAGUAGCUGGAACUUCUAAGAACACUAAGGUGGUAAUUGAUCAUGGAGAGCAGUACCAAUGUUUGUCAAGCUAGUUCACCUCAUGAUGAUGUUCGGGACAGGCUGUGCGGGCAUUAGGAAACGUUGCCGUUGAUUCCCCUAUGUGCCGUGAUCUUGUUUUCAGUCAUGGUGCCUUGAUCCCAUUGCUAUCCCAGUUCAAUGAUCAAACAAGGCUUUCUAUGCUGAGAGUUGCCGUUGUUUUUGAAAAAUUAAAACUGACACCAUGCAUGUUGGGCAAUCUCAUAUCUUUCUGAUGGAACAAAUGACAUAAUCCAAGAGGUGAUUGAGGCAGGUAUAUGUGGCAGACUGGUGGAGCUACUUCUGUAAGUACCAAUUUUCGAUCCCUGGUCAACCAAUUUUUGUUGCAAUUAUUGAUUAUUUUGGCUCUAAAUGUAUGUGCAUGUUUUGAAGGCACCCAUCUCCUUCAGUGCUGAUACCUGUAAUUUGCACAAUUGGAAAUAUUGUAACUGGAGACGAUAUGCAGACUCAAGUAAUGUCGUCAUAAUGGAUUGUAAUUGUUGCUACCUAAUUAUUUCUAAUUAAAUAUUUAACUUUUAUAGAGUAAAUUAUUGAAUUAGUAUUGUGUUAGUUAUUUUGGAAAUUAAAUUUAAAUUUAAAAAUAUUAUAUCCUGAAACUAUUGAUAGGUAAAUUUUGUAAGUCUAAUUUGAUUAACGGAAGACACCAAAAUGCUAUAUGUGGUUGUUGAAACUUGAUCGACAAUUUUAGAAAUAAUAGCCUAUAAAUCAAGUUUCUUUUUUGAGGGGUAGGGGGAUUUUGUCUUCGGAAGAACCAAAAGUUAUACUUGCUAGUCACAUAGGUGAGUCACUACUAUUUAUUAUUAUUAUGAAUCUAGUCUCUUCUCGCCCCUUGUAUUUUUUCAUCUCAUGUGUCACCUGUGAGAAUUACCUGAUUUGGUGGGACUCUUUUUGUCAGGCUAUUAUCAAUCAUGGUUCACUCUCAUGCCUUUUGAGCCUGCUGACCCAUAAUCACAAUAAUAAUAGUAUUAAAAGAAAAGUUUGCUGGACUAUAUCAAACAUAACAGCUGGGAAAAGAGAGAUGAUACAGGCUGUUAUUGAAGCUGGUCUGAUUGCUCCCCUAGUCAAUCUUCUUCAAUAUGCCGAGUUUGACAUUAAAAAAGAAGCUGCAUGGGCACUCUCUAAUGCUACGUUUAGUGGUACCCCUGAGCAAAUCAAGUACUUGGUGAGCUAUGAUUGCAUUAAGCCUCUGUGUGAUUUGCUUGUUUGCCCUGAUCCAAAAAUUAUUAUUGUCUGUUUAGAAUGUCUUGAGAAUAUUCUGAAGGUUGGAGAAGCGGAGAAAAGGUUUUGUAACACGAGAGAUGUCAAUUUGUAUGCUCAGAUGAUAGAGGAUGCUGAGGGAUUGGAAAAGAUUGAAAACUUGCAGAGUCAUGACAACAAUGAAAUUUAUGAGAAUGCUGUUAGAAUUCUCGAGACAUAUUGGUUGGAAGAUGAAGAUGAGACACUACCUCCAAGCCAUGGUCGACAAGACCGUGAUCUGAAACAUAAGAUCGUACGCUUAUACAGUCUAGCCAACCCUUGGCAUGCUCGUGUAUGUCUGGAAUCGAAAGUUGGUUGGCUUGGCUGGGAUCGCUGCGAAAAAUCGUGGGAGCGGUGGAAUCGUGCAAACAUGUCGUUUCCAUUAUUGGGUUUCUCAGAUAUAUUUUCGAGGGUCGGGUCUGCAGCCCAGUUCAUUAACAGCGCCUUUUGGGAUUUAAAACCCUAAGAUAACACAUUUUAAACACCUCAUUAGCUGUGACAAUUUGUUUAUUUAUUAGCCACUAAUCCUAUUUAUUUGUGGAUUAACUGUCCAAAUUUCUAUACGUACGAGCUCCCUCUAUCACGUAGUGUUAUGCUCUGUUUCGCAUACAAGAGAACAAUACUACAGUCUGCGACUUUGUGCAUACAAACUCUCUCUCACCUUGCUAUGUUCACUUUUGCUAUGUUUUGGAUGCAAGAUAGCAAAGUUCUCUUCUUCGCUACUAUUUGAGUGGCUUAUGAUUAUGAUUAAAUUUUGAUUUUGAUGUUUUGGAUUUGCUUAUGGGGAUUUUUUAGUUGUUUGUGGCAUUUAUGAAUUUUGUAUGACUUCAUGUUAUGAAUCUUAAUCCCAAAUUUCCACUUUAAUAAAGAAUCUU